CUUAAGGAGCUCGUUUUACUUUGCUCGUUUUUAAACUCUGGCGACGUGGAGCGAUACGAUUUAUGGCUGAUGAAUUUGAAAGACGUUUGAAUUAUUUUUAAUGAGCAGAAUCGUUUUCAUUGAAAGCCGGUAGGUGGCGGUAAUGACGAGCUAAUGUUAUUGUCAUCCACCAAUCAGGAGGAGGAAGACGACGAGGUGGCAAGUAAAGGCGGAAGUGAACUUUUUGCCGUACGCCGAGCAACUUUUCUGACCAUUUUCUUAUUUUCUUCGGUGACAGCAGUGACUUUUCGUGUAUUUUUUACCCGCCUUCGCCGGCAAAGAGUCGACAGGGAGGCGGAGAUGGUCUCCACCGUCGCGAACGUUGACGUGAAACAGAAAGACGCCGAUCACGCGCUGGUGGUGGCCAUCUCGUGCUCGGCCGUGCUGGAGGAUGCCGACGAUGGUGACGUGCACCGUGUGGGCGUGGCCUUCCCACUGCUGCAGGCACUGCAGAGUGUGAAUCGGCACCUGGUGGAAGCGAAUUCUAGCGAGUCGUUGCUUUUUGACGUGCUUCUCAUCACCACCGACGAGCGACGGCAGCGGCAGAGUGCUCGCAUCGUCAGCAGCACCAAACAUUACGGCCUGGAAGUGAGCCGCUUCUGCUUUUCGGAUGGGGAGGACUUUGUGGAGAGUUUACUUGAAAAUCAAGUGCAGCUGUUCCUGUCUACGGAGCCGGAGGAAGUGGCGCUGGUGUGGCAAAGAGGCGUCCCGUCGUCGCUGCUGGGCCAUCAAACCUGGUCCAGCCCGUCCGAGCAACUCCGAGUUUUGCUGUGCGGCGACGACGUCAUCGCCGCCGCGGCCGCCGAGUCCGCGCAGCGCUUCUGGUCACAGCUCGGCGCCAUGCGAAGGCGUUUCGGUGUCCUGGGCAGUCCCGUCAGCGUGGCGGUGAUGACGGCGCACGGCGGGCGCCGAGGCUUCGCCGACGCCCUGGCCACGCUUCGCUCCUGCGGCCUGAACGCCGACGAGGCCCAUUGCCUCGCCGGCGCCCCACGCGGACCCAUCCUGGAACUGCUCAGGCCUCACGUCCUACUCGGCGGCGGCUUGCGCUGAUGUCGCAGCGCCUUCAAAAGGACGCCGUUGGGUUGGGAGGAUGUUUGUGAACGUGCCGGUGGCCGCUUGCGGUUGCUGUGAAUGUGCAGGAGUGCGCGUGUUUGUCGUUUCC